AUGGAUUCGGAUUUACUUCCCCUAGAAGAAAUUAGAAUAAAGGAAGAACCAGAAUAUUUCGAUUCAAGUAUUGACUGGAAUGAAAACAAUCCUUGUGAUACACUUAUAAAAGUUGAAUUAUUGGAAACAGAUAGUAAUUCUAAAAAUUUAGUGUGUAAAGAAUGUAAUUCUGUAUUUGUAAACGAGCAUGAAUUAAACAUACACAGAAUGAUACAUUCUUCAGAUCAUACUUGUUUUAUAUGUAAGGAAUUUGUAAGAAACAGAUUCCAAUUUGUGGGUCAUGUUAGAAAACAUAUGUGUGCAAAGCCUUUUAAAUGCCCUAGCUGUGAUAGGUCAUUUCCUAGCCCUAGAGAAACCAAAUUACAUCAAAGAGUGCAUAGUGAUGAUAGACCCUUUAUGUGUACAGAAUGUGGCAAAGCUUUUAAACAAAUUUCUACCUUAAAAGAUCAUGAAGUCGUACAUACAGGAGAGAAGAAAUUUAAGUGUAAGAUCUGCGAAGGAGCAUUUGCCACAGCAACGAGUUUACGAAGGCACAUCCAUGUGAUGCACGAAACAGUUCGUUCUUAUCCUUGUAGAUACUGCAGAGAAAGUUUUACUAGUCAACAAGCCCGUGAGCAACACACAGCAAUACACAAAGACAUUGAUCCAUUGAAGUGCACUACUUGUGGAGAGAAAUUAGCCGAUCUGGAAGAGUUCACACUACAUAGGAAUAAGCAUUUAGAUGUGAAGGCUUCUGGCACUUGCGAAUAUUGUGGAAAUAAGACAUUUUAUUUUGGUUUGAAGGAGCAUAUUGAAAAAACACAUCAGCCUAGGUCUUGUGAAAUUUGUAGUUUGAUCUUUUACGACGAGAAAUCCAUGGAGAAUCACCAAAAGAGUCAUUUGGAGGAAGCAAUAAAGGAAGGUUACUCGUGUCAGGAAUGUGGAAAGAUUUUCGAGUUUCCCCGAUAUCUAAAAGCCCACAUGAAGCGCCACGAACAGGACUACAAAAAGUAUAAAUGCGAUCUCUGUUCGAAGUUCUUCUGUUCAAAAAGAGACCUCCAAAACCACCUAAACGUCCAUGCGAACAUUAAAAACUUCGCUUGUGAAAUUUGCAAUAAGCCCUUCAGGACAAAAGAGAGCGUUAGGAAGCAUAUGCCAAUACACUCGGAGAAACGACCGUUUGAAUGUCUCCUGUGUGAUAAACGAUUCAAAAAACAGUCAAUUCUUCGAAAACACUCCUUUACCCACUCAAAAGUUCGACAAUUCGCGUGCGAUCUAUGCGAGAAAACCUACAAAACCAAGGAAUCCUUGAGAGUACACAAGAUAGCUCAUCACCAAAGAAGAAAGAAAAAAUGUAAAAUUUGUAAAAAGACGUUUCAUUUCGAGUCCAUAUAUAAACAACACGAUUGCGUCACAAGGUAUCGGUUCGACAUUUGUAAACGUAGGUGUAAUGUUUGUAAACGAUUCUGUAGAACUAUUAUUACGUACGUACAUCAUCUAAGAGGACAUUUAAGGGAACGGUUGUUCCAGUGCAAUAUUUGCAAAGAACCUUUACGAAACCAGUAUCAAGUUAAGCUGCAUACAAUUAGUCACAGGAACGAGAAAAAAGUGUAA